UCUAAUAUACAAAUGCAACAGUUGCAAUGCCAAGCACAAAGUGCGCAGUUCUAAUCUUGUUGAUGUCCUUGCUCUGCUGCAGCAGAGCGCAGGCUGUGGACUCAUGUGUCUACUGUCGUGGCAUCAAUUGUCAGCGUAGCAGCUAUGCAGCCACUGAGCUAUGUGUGGACAGAUUGGACGCCUGCGUCAGCGUCUUUCAAGGCGGCCGAGUGCAGGCGCAAGGCUGCUGGGAAAAGGUGGAGGAGCGCUGGCGCAUACAAUGUCAGGAGCAAGGCACUCAAUGUGAGAUUUGUCUAACUGAAAAGUGCAAUAAUGUUAGUCCUAGACAACUCAGUUGUCUCCAGUGUCAGGACACACAGGAUGAGCAAUGUCGCACUGCACCAGAGCAGCUCAUAGGCAAACGUUGUGGCAUUGCACGCACUGGACGCACAUUUUGUUAUGCAAGCAUCAAGGAUCAGCAUGUGGAACGCGGCUGCGCGCUCAAUCUAACGCAGCAGCGUAGUUGCCUUGAGGAUAUCAAUUGUCAGCUGUGUGAUCCGCUAGAGCUGGGCGCAAGCUGCAACAAGCAGCUGCUGCAGGAGAAUGAAGCAACAACAGCGCCACCUGACACAAGUUCGAGCACUUCAUCUAGCUCCAGCUCCAGCUCAACAUCAACCACAAGCAGCAGCAGCAGCAGCUCCAGUUCCACUUCUACUACUAGUUCCAGCUCCAGUUCUUCUACCAGCACCAGCACCACAACAACAGCUGCUCCACCCACAGCACCACCCACUCUGCCACCCACUACAGCCAAACCCAACAGUGCUGCCACCUUCAAUUUGAAUAAUCUUGCUUUCCUUUUGCUCUUUGCUCAGCUGGUAAACUUUGUUUGUCAGCCAAAUAAAUAAUUCCUUAGAACUAUACCUAAAAAUUUAUGAUCUUGAAUUCCCACAAUUUUGCCGACAGUUCAUAAAAAUUUAAUACUAAUCGGAUAAUCAGCAAGCAAUUGUUUUUUUUAGAUAACAAUACAUUUUUUAUUGAGUUGCAAACAGCCCAUGCGUUCAACUAUAAAGUUCAUGGUGAACUACGUACCGAUAAGUAUAUCAAGGAUAUGCACUUGUGAAUUACAGAUUCGAUAGACGAAUUCGAUUUAUUAAGUUUAAGAUUUUGAUGCAAGUCUAUUCAA